AUGAGGGCGGCGACCUUGAUCUUCGUGGGCGUCAUCGGGGGCGGCUUAAGGAAUCUUGAGGCCAAUGAGGCGACGACGGGCGGUCAAAACUGCGGCGCGUCCGGGGCCCAGCCGCCGCCUCCACCGCUGCCUCCGCCGCCCAGCGCUCCGCUGUUCCCCGCGGGGCGGCUCGCCUGGAUGCAGCGUAAAGAGGAGCGCCGUCAGCAGCGCCAGGCGGCCAGAGCCGAGGAGCGCCACCGCGCGUUUAUGGCCGCCUUGGUUCCACCGCCCGUGCCGAUGCAGGCGACCGACCCGAAUCACGUGGUCCGGACGGUGCACGUCUACGAUGCGUGGAACCCGCACUAUCCUCGCAUGACCCUGUGGGGCUGA